AUGGGUGUUCUCAAGGCAGGCUAUCACCUACAUCUGGAUAUCUUUGUACCUACCAACAUGCCAAAACAUCCCCCAGCUAAAGUGGCUUGCCAGAGAUGCCACAAGCGACGCGUCAAGUGCGACCGAGGUGAAGGCGUGUCUUGCUCUCAGUGUCGGAUCACCCGCACCAACUGUGAACCCAUUCUAUCUCGUCGUGGACGGCACCGCAAACUGCCAUUCAAUGAUUUGUACACCAAUUCGCAUAAGCUCACAUUGCCAACCGUGAAAGUUCUGCCAGUCGCUGGGGAUCCUAAUCCAACUCACGCAAUCAAUGAGCACGCUAGACGACGGGAAGACUGUGAUAUCAGGCUCCCUGAUCUCGAAUCAAGCUCGAGGGUCUCUCUGCCGGCUCCUCGCCUCACUGGCCGAACUUCGUACGUCGCCGACUCCUCUAAUAUCAAUUACCUUAUUCGAGAGUUCGGACACCCGGAUCAGAAUUCCACGAAUGUCCCUCCUAUCGAAGAAUACCUGCACAGAGCCAUGAUAAAGUGGAUUGAUCCACCAACAAAAGAACACAUCCAAAAUCUCCGCGAAUCUACAAUCGGGCGUCUGAACAGCGACGGGUCUUUCGAUCUGCCGCCAGAAGACUUAAGCACCACUCUGCUAAGUGUCUUUUUUCAACAUGCUUUUCCCUUGAUCCCAAUUAUUGACCAAGAAGAUUUCAUGAAAAGUAUUGAAACCGGCAGUGUGUCUCAUCUCUUAUUAAAUGCCAUAUAUAUGGUUGCCACAAUCUACUGUCCUGAGCCUGUCAUUCGUGAAACUGGCUUUGCGUCUCGCUUUAUCGCUACUCUGACUUUUUAUAAUCGAGCCAAGGAUAUUUACGAUUUUGGUUACGAAAAGGAUGCGGUUUCAGUCAUCCAGGCAACUUUUCUCUUUGCCCAUUGGUGGAGCGACCCGCUUGCACAGAAAGAUCCUUGGUAUUGGCUGGGUAUCACCGCGGGAAUGGCACAGUCGCUUGGUAUGCAUCGACUAAAAACGUACUCUCACCUUCAGCCGCGACAGCGCAGGCUUUGGCGAAGGUUGUGGUGGAUAAUCUAUGCCACGGACAUUAAUCUUUCCAUGGGGCUUGAUAGGGCACCCCACGUACAUCACAACUUCUGUGAAAUAUCCUCACUCACAGAAAAUGAUUUCGAAGAAUCCUCGGGCCCUAGUUCGAAGGGUUUCCUCGGAGGAACAGAAUGCGAACGAAGACUUUUCUUGAUAAAUUAUAUCGAGCUUACCAGAAUAGGUAUCGUACCACCGCGCUGCAACCUAGUCUGUUAUUUUGAUGGCUCCCAUCUCGUUGCUGAAAAUUUCACAGUCGAAGUUUGCCACCCUUUGCAAUUGUCCAAGGGACCUUCAUCCUCGCCGAACGGUUUUCUUCAGCAAAUCUCGCAUUGGUCUACCCAAGUUCCGUUCGAAUUGCGAAUCGAAUCCUCGAACAGUGUGUGGGCCAUAUUGACACAAAUAACCUACAAACUCAUCAUCAAACAUUUCAACAGCCAGUAUCAACUUCUUUUCCGUCGAAAGAGUCCUGAUGCCGCGCAGAAAAUGGGCCCCGGCUCCGAAAUAUUCCAAAUAUGCACAAGGAUUUACCGCAUGCUCGAGGACUUGGCCACAAGGCGCAUAUUGUCCUCUGUUGCCAUUCAUGCACUGCCCACUGUAAUGUCUACACUCUGUUUCCAUAUCGCGAAUAUAGGCAGGGGAGAACCCCAAAUCAGAUCCAUUUCCGAGCAUCGAGCGCGCUUUUGCUUGCGCAUUCUCAAAGACCUACGCGCAUCGCAGCCGAUUAUUGCUUCGGUUUACCCCUUUUUUACAUCAAUGUUCAGGCGACACUCAGGUGUAUCUUUCCCGGAAUCCGAGAAAGCUUCAGCAGGAAACCUGCAACUGAUCCACCAAACAGAUGAAAUUGGAACCUUCACUUCAGAUGUUGCAUCUACCCCGGAAGAAGACGCUUGUGUAUGGGAGGAGCUUCCGCACGAUGACAAUUCGGAUGUUAUGAACUCCGCAUUUCCGUUCAGCUAUCUUUUUGAAGAUGCUUUUCUGAGUCCGGCACUUGAUGGCUCUGCAAUGUGA